AUGCAUUUCCUCGUUUCCCUAUUUCCAUUACUACUUUCGGCUGUAACCAUAUCCCAAGCCGCUCCCACAGGAGACAGUAUCAACACCAAUACAACCACCAAUACCCUCCAUCCCAACGCCUCCAAAUUACCUUUCGGUGCCAUAAUCACCCACUGUGCCAUCCCAGGCACAAUAGCUCUCACUUUUGAUGACGGCCCGUACAUCUACACACCCCAGAUCCUAGAUACACUCGCCGAACACGACGUUAGAGCAACCUUCUUCCUCAACGGCCAUAACAGAGGUCACAUCGAUACCUCCCCUGAGAUAGUGCAACGCACAUUGGAAGAAGGACAUCAGCUGGGGUCUCAUACAUGGAACCACCCUUCCCUUGAUACCCUUCCAUACGAAGAAAUUGUACACCAAAUGAGAACCCUCGAAGAAGCCUUCAUGCGCAUCCUCGGCUUCUUCCCGACCUACAUGCGUCCUCCGUUCCUCAGACAUACCCCCGUCGUCCUCGGCGCCAUGGCUGAUCUGGGAUACCAUGUCAUUGGGGCUAGUGUUGAUACGAAGGACUAUGAGAAUGAUAACCCCGAUACGAACUGGAUUAGUUUUGAGAAGUUCAAGAGGGAAGUCGAUGCUGGUGGGACGAUUGUGUUGGCGCAUGAUGCGCAUCAGCACACCGUCGAGAUUUUGGUGGAUAAUAUGCUUGAGGAUGUUGAGAGGAGGGGGCUGAGUGCUGUCACUGUUGGCGAGUGUCUUGGUGAUCCGCCUGAGUUUUGGUAUCGUACUAGCAGGUAG